AUGUUUAAAUCAAUAUAUCAUAAUGCCCCACAAGAUGAAGUUCAAGCCAUGUUUACCAAAUUUGAGACCAAAGGACUUUCUAAAUUUUGGAUUUAUAAUGAUUGGGAAGUAUUCAUUUCAAAAUAUGAAUAUGCAAAAGAUUUCUUAUCGGAAUCAGCUGAGGCGUUACCAAAAUGGACGCUUCCUGACAAACAUCCAACAAGAAAAUUUUUGGGUGAUGGUUUAUCUUUUUCUAACGGACAAAAAUGGAUUACGCAUAGAAGGAUAGCAAAUCCUGCAUUUAACCGUGCACUUUCCCCAGAAGUUGUUGGGAAAACAACAAUUGAUUUGAUAAAUUUACUUGAUAAAAUAGUUGACCAACCAUUUGAUAUCUUUAAAGUAAUGCAAAGAAUCACCAUACAAGUUUUAGGAAAAGUUGCAUUUAAUUAUGAUUUCAAGUGUUUGGAAAAUUUAGAAGCUCAACAUGAGGUGAUUGAGACUUAUGUUAAAAUUAUAGAUUUUCUUGGUGAUCCACUUCUUUAUGUUGUACCAUGGUUACAUAAAUUUCAAAGAAAAUCAAAAGCUGAAUUUGAAAAUGAUUUAGAAAUGUUUAAUUACAAUAUGCUCAAGAUCAUUCAAAAUAGAAGAGAAGAGAUUAAAAAAUCAAAACUUUCUAAUAAUAAUGAUAAUGAUAAAGAUUCAACAUUAAGAAAUGAUUUGUUAUAUGGGAUGAUUGAAGCUGCCAAUGAAGAAAAUUAUGAAAUGUCCUCUGAUGAUUUGAGAGAUGAAAUGGUCACUUUUUUCUUGGCUGGACAUGACACAACUUCACAUGCUUUGAGUGUAGCUUUCUACUAUAUGGCCAAAUAUCCUAUACAAAAUAAAGCCAGAGAAGAAGCAAUCAGUGUCUUGGGUGUGAAAGGGAAAAUUCCAACCUCAGAAGAUUUAAAGGUAGUUAUUUAUAAAUCUUUACGUCUUUAUCCAGCACUUGUUGAGACUCUUCCACGUCUCACCAAAAAAGAAUUGAGAUAUGGCCAAAUGAUAAUUCCAAAAAAUACUAUGGCAAGUGUUAAUAUUUGGGCUGUUCAUCGUGAUCCACAAAGUUGGCCGGACCCUGAAAAAUUUAAUCCAGAAAGAUUCUUAUCAAGUAAAGAUGAUAAUAAUCUACAUGCUUGGAUGCCUUUCUCCGCCGGGCCAAGAAACUGUAUUGGACAAAAUUUCUCCUUAAUGGAACAACGUAUAAUAAUUUCAAUGUUAUGUAAGUAA